AUGAGUGAUUACGGAGAUUCUUUUGAUAGCAGCGCGUCGAGCAGUACAACAACUCCUUCGUCAUCGCUAACUUCAGCGUCUUCUUCGCAACAGGAGAGUGAGAAGGCAACAUCGGAUACUAAAGAGUUAACAUCCGUUGUAUCUCCACUUGCUGCGUUGCCUGUGCCUUUACCACUCCCAGUUCCCGUCGCAGCUCCAGUUCCUGCACCAGUGCUAAGUCCUCAACCAGCUUCUGGAGUGUCUUCGGAGGUUACUGCUGCGGAUGCGCCAACCUUAAAACCUACUGAUAACUUGCCCACUCCCGAUAUCGCUGCAGCACCUCGCGAAGCCGUCGACUCGCAGGAGCCACCGAUGCGCAGCCCAAGAAAUUCGACGGCGUCCAAAACGCUCGUUAACACGAGCGAUUCUGCGUACGAGGCACCGGGGGGUGAUCUCGCUGCGGCAGAUACAGUGGCUUAUAAGCGUCUUACGUCCUAUGUGGCAUUCAACCAGAGUUCUGAUGGAUCAGUAGCUGCUGAAUGCGCAAACACCUCUAGUUUUAGCGGAAAGCGGGAAGCAAGUGCUGAUGAUGAUACGAAGGUACCCAAGAUGGAUGAACCCACGGGUCCGGUAGCUACUCUAGAAGAAAAUUCAGAAACAGCAACCGCAGCCGGAGUUGAGGAAUCAUCUACAGUCGACGGCAGUAGCGCUUUCAGCACUCUGUCACAGCACUUAAGCAAGACAGUUACGCACGCAAAGUUGUGUGCCGAAAUGGCGUCAGUUACGAAGGGUCCCAGUGACGAAGUACGGACAGGUGGUGAUGGUGUCAUGCAUCCAUCUGGAGACGGCGGGGGGCCGAUGAUCACGGCGAACGUACCUGCAGCUGCAACCACGAUGCUGAAACCUUUGAUGUCACUACCGCCUCUGCCAUCAGCAGCGGAGAGUAUGACUCUAAAGGCGGAUUUUCCACUGCCCUCAACGUCCCCGUCCCCUGAUGGACUUAUCCCUGAGCGUAUUGCAUUCGCAGCACAGUCGAUUCAAAGCAUGCCAAUACCUCCACCGUUGCCUCCUGCUCCACUUUCAGGCAUUAAAUCAGGAAUGAUGCCGAGCCUGGAUAACGCUCCCGCAUCAAGCUUCUACCUGCCGCCGCCACCGCUGGCCCAAUCGCGGGAGCCACCGGUGAACAAUAAAAUCGUAGAGCUUCGAGAAACCUCCGAAGCAGUGGAAAAAUUGGUGCGGGCGUUUGCUCUCUUGCGUGGCCAUAACCCCACCGGCUCUAGGGGAGCUGCUGCCGACAUUUCUGAGGUAUCCUUCGCGCCCAAUGAACUUGCACGGAUGUCGAGUCUGCGCCAAGAACAUGGCGUGGGUGACUCGGCCACGAUAAAGACUUCCCAAACGCACCGUCGCCGCCCGUUGCGGAGCGGUAUGCCAAAAACGCACGUGGAAGAAAGUGAUGAGAACCAGAAGGCGUCACAACAGAUAAAUGAAGCGGCAGUGGAAGAGGCUGUCUUGAGUCUUGUAAUGGAGAUGAUGCAGCAAGAUCCUCAACAAAUGUCCAAAGCAAGUAGUAGUCGCCGCUUUCUUCAACCAGCAUGUGAAUUGAUUGGAAUGGAUGAUUUUCGCUAUUCGCACCAUCGGAGCUCAAAACGGCAGCGGGGCCCGCGGCCACAGGCGGCCCCACUCUCAGUAUUUGGGGGUGGAAUGCAGGCGUUCGCGCCUGAUGAUGAUGGGGCGGCUGAAAGUUUAUACAAUAGUGUCAUAGAAGCUUUGGGUAAGUAUGUAUGGUCACAUGUGGAAGAAUCAUCGCUGCGAGGCGAGAGACCGACCUUUCCCCCUGUAAGCGCCCACUGUGCCAUAGCUUUGCAACUAGAUCUUUUAUCGGUUUGUUUGCAGGUGAUUGAGACCCGACUUACCCACCGUGGUAAUGUUGCGGAUGGACCCGUAUGGAUCCAGUAUGACGGCCCCCGUGAAUCCGAACCUCUUGCUCGAAACGCCGCUCACUGCCUUCCGUUUGAAUCUAUUGACGUAAAGACAAGUCGACGACCCGUCUUCCGUUUAGAGUAUUGGGUGACCCGUGAGAACAUGUGGGCAGUUGCAGAGGCACUCGUCUCUUCUGUUCGUGGUGGGAUCCUUGAUGGCGGUGACGGUUACGGCGUAUUCAAUGCAAAGAGUACUACAUACGUGGACCCCGAUACAUUAUUCCCUACUCGUGUACCAUAUUUUUCAUUACUUCCAGGGGACUCGUCUCGCCCACCGCGUGAGGAAUGCUCACCGUCGCCUGGGAAGAAGUUUUUUACAAACACAAGAAGAAGCGACAAGGAUAGCGAGGAUGAGGCAACAGAUAAGCCAUGUGCAGAGCAUUUCCACCUUGAACCACCUGCACUUCAAGCUAUUGCCCAUGCAGUUUCUACUGUUGGAACUGAGAUUCUCGAAGAAAACAUCAACGCUGCGCGAGGUGACUACAAACAAAAUUACGGCGAUGCAACAUGCGCUGUGGUGGAAGCUGUGCGUGAGCUACUGGAGGACGCAAACAUUCGUGCUGCGGUACGGCGCCGUGCCAAGGCGAAGAUGAAAGAUAUCGCUCAGCGCCGUGAGGUGGAGGGGCAGCUGAGUCGUGAGGAAAAGGAACGUUCUAUUAUUGCCGCGGCUGAGGCGGAAGCCGAGCAGGUGGUACAGAGGAUCUUGCAAGAACUGCGUGUUGAAGAGGCAAGGAAUGUGUAA